AUGUUUCGAAUUGCUAAAAGUAUUGUCAAAACGUUCGAGCAAAGCGUCUCGGACACCAUAGGCGCAGGUUCGCAUCUGGAUUCGUAUUUCGCAAGCGUGCCGUCCGAGCUGCUGGUGGAAGGAAACAACACCAACGAAGCGCUCCAUGGGCUCAGAGUGCUCAGCUGUGACGUUGCCCAGCUUCAAUUGCAGUCCUUUUUCGACUACAUCGUCGGAAUUGAUGCUCAGCCAUUGCCUCUGAUUCAAAACCAACACGGCUACCUGUACCCAGAUUUCGGAGCCAUAACUCGAAUUUUGAACGCUGCCUGCGGGUCCAGUGUAGCGUUCAACGUGUGGUCGGGCCGUGGAGGCACGUUCAGAACCGAAUAUCUACGCGUAGAAAGCAAACAGAACGUCGAAGAUAUCCCACUAGAGGCAUCUGGCGCGCAGGAAUAUCAUGUUUUCGAAAAGCUUGGGUUUUCUGUCCAGUGGACACCAUUGAUUGCUUCCACCUACACCUACCAUGUUCUAGAAAUUACUGACCAGUCCAGCCCAGCCGGUCUUGCCGGUCUCAUACCGCGUGAAGACUACGUGAUAGGGUGUCAAGAAGGACUGCUGGCAACGGGAGGCGAAACGUUGCUUCAGGACAUUUUGAGGUCCCGAGCAAAUCACGAUCUGGAACUGUACGUCUACAAUGUGGUCAGUGAAUGCGUAAGGCCUAUCACGGUGCAUAUUGGCGGUGACGGAAGACUGGGCUGCAACAUGGGUUACGGCUACCUGCAUCGCAUUCCUGCACCUGUCGCUCAAUACAAUGAUUUUGAGUUCCAAAAUCCACUGAGCAGUGAUCCGCAAGUAGCUGUAGCUUUCACGGCGUCUGAUCAGCCCCCCUCGUCUGGCGAGUCUUUCAUUCCAGCGGGCACUUCUGCGACCAUUCCUGAUGUCCCGGAUACCGCACCUUCCAGCACUUCGCAAUUUAUUGUCCCACCACCCACUCACAGACGCAAGACCAGAAACACUAAUGCUACCGCUGCUGCUGCGUCUAUCCAAGAUUAUUUCCAAGAAGGAAAAGACCCCAGUCCUGCGUCUGCUACAAAACGCUCCUCAAACUCGCCACCACCUCCACCACCAGUUCUGGCACAUAAAGAAGCACCGGUUGAGGACAGUGCAGAGUCAUAG